AUGCCAUUAGCUAUUACAAAUAUCCUGUUUUUGAUUCUUGUCUUGAUUCAGAAUGUUUGUUCAAUACCCCCAGCUUGUUUCUUGAGCUGUGCUGCCGAAGUUUCACGGACUUGUGAGCGGGGUUUAUCUCAAAUGACCUGUGUUUGCCUCAAAGAAGACCAGAUAGUUGGUUGUUUGAUCGAUAUAUGCCCAUUUGGCAACUUCAAUAGUGCAAGAGAUCACUUUCUUGGCACUUGUUUGGAACAUGGUAAGCCAACGGUGACGAAUCCUUACCCUCCACCAGCUGCAUGGCCACCAUCCGAUUAUGAAAAGAAUUUACCCAAAAUGCAUGAGUCUGUUUAUCGUCCAGAACCAACUCGGGGUCACCUAGAUGGUACUAUAGCCAAUCCUGGGCUAGAUCCAGCUGAAGGGAUUGUGGAUAAUCACAACCCGACUGUGUCACCACCAACUCAACCAAGUUCAAGUAUACAACAGACACCAAAUGAAAUACCAGUACACCACAGACCAGAUAGGAAUCCACUACAACAAAAUCUGCCGUGGAGAGCCCCUCAAGCACCUGAACAACAACACCCCCGCACAGAGGGUGAGUACGAUGCACCAACGAGGUCAACAGCACAACCAAAACCAGACUUUGUUGACCCAUGGUUCGAUGGCUAUGAUGAAGAUUUCACCGGUUCUUAUGAUCCUGAAAGACCGAUUGAGUGGGAAGAAAUGGACGUAUUAGACCCAUUUGGUCGAUUUGCUGUUGUUCGACGUCCAAUAAAUGUCCCCAAAUCACUGCGAGAUCCAUCCAAUGUUGGCAAAAGAAGGCGCGUUGUGGUGAAGCCACCAGUUGGCCAAGUUCAACACAAACAAAGUCUAGUACAAGAAAGUAGAAAACUUGUUGAAAAAUCGAUCAUCAAUGGAGGCUUGUUCCAUGAAAGCUCUCUUCAAGGCCAUUUGACUGCAUCUGUUUCUCACAAGAUUUCUCCACUGGUAUCAUUACACUCAACUGUCUCAACACAUCAGAGUGAUCGCAGUACACCUAGCGUCACCAAAAUCGCACGUAAGCGGGGCAGCAAAACUAACCGCAAAACUUCCCCAUUUUGA